AUGCAGGAGACAAAGAGAUGGACUGAGAGCGAGGGUUUCGAGGCGAUGGCAGUUGGGAUGGAUGUGCGUUGGGGUUUCGGUGGGUGUGGGCUGGGUGGGCUGCAGAGGUGUGUGCAUGGGGGGGGAUUUAGCAUCGCUCACAUGCUGCGCUCGAUCAUUCCCUCUUUUGUGAAGUGGACAAUGAGAGCCAGGGGUUCAGGGCUUAAAAAGGAUACGCACACAGUUACAACCAGCGACCCUGGAGAGACACCGGCCAACCCAGAGUUGCUGAAUGUUUAGGAGGACACUGUUUCCCCCGGCUCUUCCACCAUGCUGUACACUUUAGCAGGAGGGGGCACGCUCUGCGGUGUGGCCGCCCUCGUGCUUCUCAUCGUCUCCACGGCGACCGACUUCUGGAUGCAGUAUCGCUACUCGGGGAGCACAGCCAAUCAGGGGCUCUGGAGGUUCUGCAUCAACCACAAAUGUCAUGCCCACACCAUAACUGUAGCUUUCUGGGACGCCACCCGGGCCUUCAUGUUGCUGGCGGUGCUGAGCUGCUUCGCUGGGGUCGUGCUCGGCCUCAGCGCCUUCACCAACGGCACCAAGAACAGGAGGGUCCGCACGGGGGGCAUCGCCCUCGUCCUGUCAGGUUUCCUGGCUCUGCUGGCUUUGGCGAUCUACACCGGAGUGACGGUCACUUUCUUUGGCAAACGCUUCGUGGACUGGCGCUUCUCCUGGUCCUACAUCAUCGGCUGGGUGGCCAUCAUCCUGGCUUUCGCAGCAGGUGUGUUCCAGCUCUGUGCUUACCAGAGAACCUCUGCAGAACCUGCUCCUUCAAAUAACCAGGACACCUGA